CGAUUGAAUUUUUAAAUUCCAAAAAUAAACUGCUUGAGCGCAUCUUCGUUCAGUCUCUUAGUGCCUUUCCGAGGAUUAAUAUGUUUCCGUUCCUUCAGUAGAUUAGUGGUGCAUUAGUUUGUUUUAAUAUAUGCCGCAAGAUUUAGAUAAAAGCGGUCCGGAUUAAAAAUGCUGGCGAAAGUUCUUCUGAGUUGCAUGUUAAUUUCUUCUGUAGUGGUACUGAAAGUGGACGCAAUUGUAACCAAUGAAGAUAUUCGGUUGGCAAUCCUUCAAAUAGUAAACGUAGUAAGAAAUACAGAUGAUAAACUUGAAAGGCAUGAAUUUAGAGAAAAGCAAUUAGGAGAGCAGCUCAAAAAAGGUUUAAUAAACAUAGACAAAAGAAUAAAGCUCUUAGAUCCAUUAAAGGGAACUGUUAGUAGGAUAGAUGAACGGUUGGCGGCUGUAGAAACAAUACUAAUGCAAAAAGACAAGGAAGAAAGGGAAAGACAGAUGCAACAGCAAAAGAUCUACGAAGCCAUACUGGAUCUACAGAAGAACCUACCUCUAGUUAUAGAUCAACUCAAUCAAGAUAUAAGUAGAAAAAUAGCCUUAGAAGCCCCGCCAGCCGCCAUUAGCGAACCCAUGAUGACCAAGAGCGACUUCACCAAAAUGGAAAAAGAAGUAAUUGAGAAAAUGGAAAGAGUGACGUCCACCAUUAACAACAUGGAGAACGAACUGGCUAAAAUUCGGGAGGAAAAUAUCAACAGCAUCCAGGACGCCACCAACAAAUCGUCGGAGAGCCUGGAAAAGGUCAAGAGGCAGCUGGACAAUAGCGAAACCUUGCUGUCUAAAUACGAGUCAAAAUUGUCCGAAUUUAACAACAAAAUUCCGGAAAUUGACGUUAGAAGUUUCAAGGAAGACGAUACCUGGAAAGAGGAAUUCCUAAGAGAACUGGCAAAUCAAAAACUUCAAGUCAACGAAAUCCUGAACAAUGUCAAAGGCGUCCUGGUUUCAAUCAGCAAACUUCCAGAUAGAUUGGACCACGAAUACGCUCACAACACCACAUUACACAAACUGGAACAUAGACUGGAAGAAGCCAGACAGUCGCCAUCUGGCACGAUACCAGGAAGUUCAGUCCAGUCGCUAGAAAACAGUAUUAUGGAAAUCAAGUCUGAAGCAGUGAAGCACCAGGAGCUGGUGAAGACGUCAUUCAACGAGUUGACAGAAAUAACUUCACAUUUAACUGAGAGUUUUGCUAAGAAUUAUGGUGAUAUCAGAUCUGAAAUUCAAGAGUUGGGCAAAUUAGACAAGGUUAUCAUGCAAACUGCCGAUGGUAUUCUCGAUACGAAACGUCGUGUUGAGUACGGAAUCCAUCAGAUAGUCAAUGAAGUUUCCAAACAUAUCAAGGAUGGAACCAACGAAAUAGCACAAGGAUUUAACGACAGGUUCGAUAACUUUGAAUCCUCCAUUCUAGAUGAAGAAUCUGGAGCUUUAACUAAUCUAACGUCAAAAAUACAAGAAGAAAUAGGUCGGGUGUGGCGUCAAAUUGGCAUCAUGCACCAGCAAAUGACGGCUAGCACGGAUACACUAAACAAACUGCAAAACCAAACUGAUACUUACGUCACUGGAUCCUUGGAUGUGAUGGAUACCAUGAAAGGAAAGGUUAGUCUAAUAACCGGUAGAAUGACGGAAGUAGACGAAAAUCUAAACUUCCUCCUGGGAAAACUAGGUCUAUUAUCGCAAGAAUUCAACAGCAUCAAGUCAGGAUUAGGUACUACUCUUGACGAAAUCCGAUCUACCUUUCAAACCGUCCAAACGAAGAUAAAGGACAAAGGUCCUGGACCGCACAAGAUAUCCAGCAACGAGAUUGUAGUAUAAAAUCGUAAUUUAGGUUAAGAAGAAAUGUUGUCGGUGAAGCUUGAUUCAACGUAUAGGUUGUACUUUAGGCACAAAUCAAGCAAAAUCUACCUGGACAAAAAUUGCCAAAGGUAAAUUAUUUAAAGAAUAAGAUACUCAUUUUAUUCUUUUCGUAAAAAAAUAUUUAUUGUUUAAAAUGUAUUUAAUUUGAACACUUACGUGUUCUAUACCUAAGUAGUAAUUCUUCUAAGCUCUUUAAUAUGUAAGAUUUCUACUGAUUAUUUUUGUAUUCCUUAUUCGCUUUAAUGCAAUUAAUAAAGUACUUUUUAGAAAUAAAUAAAAUUCAUGUCUA